GCAGCAGGCAUUGCAUGGCUGCUUACCUUAACGCGCCGCGCGCGCGAGAUUCUCUCUAAAGUCUAAACCCUAAUCCCUGAAGUCGAUCCGCCGGCAUGGCGCGGCGGCCGCAGAGGUGGACCAGGAACCUCAGCAGCGGCGAGUCCACGAGGUUUCCCUUGAGCGCCAGCCAGCAGGCGGUAGUCGCCAUCGCCGAGCUCGUCUACUGGGCGACAGUUGACGACGGAGCCGACGAGAGCGUGAGCGUGCGCGUGGCCGUACACGCCAACACCGGCGAGGAGACGGAGACGUUCGUGCUGUCGCCGGAGAGCCCCGUCUUGGGGCUGAGGUCCCCGGUGAUGAACCAGGAGUUCUCGCUGGAGGUCCGCUCCGCUGCCCACGCGGUUGUUCGGUUAUAUGGUUUCCUUCUCACAGUGCCGCCUGAACCCGGGACGGCGGACGACGAGCUCGAUAUGAGCUGCCCCGGCGACGACGAGCUGGUGGAAAUGGAAUACUCCCCCGAGGGCCGGCGGUUUCUUGGAGGCCCGGCGCCGUGGUUCGCCGCCGCGGGGUGCACGGCCGGCUGCAUGCGGGUCGCCGUCGUGGAGGACGACCAAGAAGAAGCAGCAGCAGACAGCAAGGAGAUCCUGGUGCUCUACCGCUACGCCCCCUUCUCGGUAUCAUCGGACGGCGUGGUCGCGCGAGGGAGCACCAGGGCGCACCUGCUCCGGUUCAUGGCCACCGGCGACCACACGGCGAGGUCGCUGGCGUGGGCCGGGUCGUCUCUGGUCCGGCUGAUAUACCCCGGUGACUUCAGCGAGCAGCUCCAGGAGCUAUGGUCGAGCCUGGCGUCGCAGGUGAGCGUGCUGCCGCGUGCCGCGCGCGUCGAGGUGUUCGUCGACGUCGGCGUCCUCCGGAGGUCGGUGUUCGUCGACGACAGCAUCCUCCGGAGGUCGUACUACACGCCCGAGCGCAUGGAGUGGAUGCGCUCCGUGCUGGAGGAGACGGUGGAGGAGCCGUGGCCCGUGCGCUUCACCGGCAUGGAGCUGCACCUGCCGGAGCCGAUGCGGCGCGACCAUGAUAAAGACGAAGCCGCCCUCGAUGACGAUGACACGGACGCCGGUGAACGGCCAGCAAAGCGAAGGAGGGUCGUCGCCGCCGGGGACGAUUGCCCCGUCUGCUUGCAGCUGCUCGAGGGCGACGACCUCGUCGCGUGGCCCGGGUGCGGCAAGCCCCACGUCUUCCAUGGCGCGUGCUUGGAGCGCGUCCUCGUGGAGAGCAAGACGUGCCCUAUUUGCAGGCGCGCGCUGUACGUCGAGCCUAAAUAAACUCUAAAGCAAGGAGGCUCGACGUUCGGCAAGUUGUAGUACAAAUGUGCAACUAGCUGUUCUUCAGAAAUUAUUUGUUCUGCUGAAAGAUACUAGCAUUCUUGGGUUUCAUGGUCAGUUCAUAAAUGAAUGAAUCAUGGAAGUGAAAAUUGUUUGUUCA